UUUUAUUAUUCAAGAUGUUUCACUUUUCAUUUUCAUAUAGCAAGUAUAUACUAUAUAAACCACCAUUUCAAUCUUCUGAGAGUACAGUUCCCACGAACGCAGCAAGUGGUUACAGAGAAUUGACAGAAGAAAAGAUGAAGAUGUUUGUUUUACUGCUCAGUGUGUGCAUUUUGGGAAUGACUAAUUCUGUUUCUGGGGCGGAAUGGUUAAGAUACAAUAAGCAUUGGUAUUAUCACUCUACUCAAAAAUUGAAUUGGAUGGGAGCCCAGUUGUACUGCCGACGCCAGGGUGGAAAUUUGGUACACAUCGACAAUGCACAAGAGAACAACUGGUUAUCUUCAAAGUACACAGCAGUAUCCACAUGGAUUGGAAUUACUGACCAGGCAGUGGAAGGUGUGUGGAGGUCAGUAACUACUGGAGAGAGAGUACCAUACAUCAACUGGGGAGGACCCCCAGACAACUACAAAGGAAAUCAACAUUGCGGAACGUUGAACUAUGGAGGUAGAGGUCGCUGGGAUGACGAUACCUGCUCUAAGAAACGUACCUUCAUCUGCGAAGUUUCAGGUUACUGAUACGGAAUAGAGGGAUGACUUGCAGCCAUUUAGCAAUGUCUGUGCAUAAUAAAAUGAUCAUUGUACUAUG